AGUCUAUAGCUUUUCUCUUUUGAUUUUUUUUUUCCUAUUAACAUAGGGGUGUGGAGCCCAAGACCGGACCUUUACUUCGUUGGCUUCAAGCUCGCCAUCGUUGGUCUUUUGUGGGUCUUGUUUGCUGAGACGUAGAGGGAGAAGCAAAGGAUACAGAUAGAAAAGAGAGUUUUUAUAAGUUGUUAUGUGCCAAAAGCCAAAAUCUUUCACAUAAAAGGACUUCUCUUUUCCAUUUCAUUUCUGUACUAUUUUGUUCUUUUCUUCUUCUUCUUCAAUUAUCUCAUGAGUUGUUGAAAUCAACCAAAUCAAAAACCAAAAUCUAAACUUUUUUUCUAUCUCUCUGACUUGAUUGAUUCAUAGAUCUACUAAUUCCAAUUUCUUUCCCACAUGAAGUUUUUUCCUUUUCUAGUUCCAGAUCCUUCUUUUCAAGUAUAAAGCCAAGUGCUCAAAUCAAAAGUGUUCCAUUAUUGUGUUGAGAAGCAGAGGAUACGGUUCACGUUUCAUGUUUCUAGAGCCUAGUUGUGUUAAGUGGUUAUUUAGAUGUGCAUAAUUUGGAGGGUUUUUGGGAUGAGAUGAGGGAUGUUAUCUGGGUUGAUGAACUUUUUGAGGGCCUGUUUUUGGCCAAGGUCGGUUCACACAAGUUCGGAUGCUGGAGGUGGCCAAGAUGGGCUUUUGUGGUACAAGGACACGGGGCAGCACGUUAAUGGUGAGUUCUCAAUGGCAGUGGUUCAGGCCAAUAAUUUACUUGAGGAUCAGAGCCAGCUUGAGUCUGGUUGUCUGAGUUCACAUGAGUCGGGUCCCUAUGGUACUUUUGUUGGCGUAUAUGAUGGGCAUGGGGGCCCAGAGACCUCACGCUACAUCAAUGAUCAUCUCUUUCAACAUCUCAAGCGGCUUACUUCAGAGCAACAGACAAUGUCGGUUGACGUAAUACGAAAAGCGUAUCAAGCAACAGAAGAGGGUUUUUUGUCUCUUGUUACUAAACAGUGGCCUAUGAAACCACAAAUUGCAGCUGUUGGAUCCUGCUGCCUGGUUGGUGUCAUCUGUGGUGGAACCCUUUAUGUUGCUAACCUUGGUGAUUCCCGUGCUGUUUUGGGGAGAGCUGUGAAGGCAACAGGAGAGGUUCUAGCCAUUCAGCUGUCAGCUGAGCAUAAUGUGUGCAUAGAGUCUGUAAGACAGGAGCUGCAGUCGUUGCACCCUGAUGACCCACAAAUUGUAGUUUUGAAGCACAAUGUAUGGCGUGUAAAAGGUCUCAUACAGGUUUCCAGAUCUAUCGGUGAUGUAUAUUUAAAAAAGGCUGAGUUCAACAGGGAGCCUUUAUAUGCCAAAUUUCGUCUUCGUGAACCUUUCAAAAAGCCAAUAUUGAGUGCAGACCCAUCAAUAUCAUCACACCCGCUGCAGCCACAUGAUCAAUUUGUGAUAUUUGCAUCUGAUGGACUAUGGGAGCACCUAAGCAAUCAAGAAGCUGUUGAUAUUGUUCAAAAUCAUUCACGAAGUGGAAGUGCGAGGAGGUUGAUAAAAACUGCUCUACAAGAAGCAGCAAAGAAGAGAGAAAUGAGGUAUUCUGACUUGAAGAAGAUUGACCGCGGAGUCCGUCGGCAUUUCCAUGACGACAUCACAGUAAUUGUGGUGUUUCUUGACUCAAAUCUCGUGAGCAGGGCUUCCUCAGUAAAAGGUCCUAAUCUAUCUGUUAGAGGGGGAGGACUUAACUUGCCUCCUAAUACACUGGCUCCAUGUUCCACGCCAACAGAAGCUGGCGGUACCUGAUCAUUCUGUAAUUUAUGUUUUUCUUUGUUGUAUCAUUUUCUUGUAUGAAUACGUGGUAGCUUCUGAAAACAACAAGAGGAGCAAGCCUUCAAUUCUUUAAUGUACCCUGCAGCUUUUAACUGGAAACUACCUGCAUUUAGCUUCUGUGCCGAAAAAAAGUAGAGAAAGUACAAGGUGACGAUUAUUAUAGUCAAUUACCUGGUAUAGUCACCUUAGUCUUUAUAUAAAAGCCUCCUUUUGUUCUUCA